CUCCUACGCGCGACGCCUUCCCUGCGCGCGCCUUCUGGUCAGCUCUCUACCUUGCGCGAACCAUCUAGACACUCAACGCUGCUACUGGGUGGCACUGCUGCUAGGCCACACCUGUCCGAACUUUUUUCUUCUUUUCUCGGAUCUAUGACGACCAGCUCCCGCCUUUGAACGGCCUCAUUAUGUCAAUUCACAAACAAAGUCCUAAAAGUCGAGUUCGCCCUGUAGACUCGGCACGAGGCUACAACCAGUCAACCUGAAGCGCUCAACUACUGCCGAUAUGGAGGAGGCACCCGAUAGCCAACAGCAGCCUCAACCAGCCGCCGGCUCUGCUUCCUCCGCGGGGGCACCACCUGCAACCGCUUCCUCUUCUACCUCCGCCCCUCUCAAUGCGCCUACGCCGUCAAGCAGCUCCAGUGCUGCUCAACUGUCCAAGAGGAGGAGAGGGCUAGGAGUGGUCACGCCCAAUGCCUGUACCGAGUGCCGCAAGAAGCGAGCAAAAUGCGACGGACAAAGACCUUGCGGUCGUUGUAAGGCUCAGAAGGACGUAGAAUGUGUUUACGAGGUCCCAGUCCGCCAAUCCAAGGAAAAUCUCCGAACCGAGCUCGAGCAUUUGCGCCAACGCCAGAAAAGUAGCGACCAGGUCAUGGCCGCCCUCGUUCGCUCCGAUAUGUGGGAGGAUGUGUUGCAACGAUUGCGCAGUGGUCAAUCGCUUGAAUCAGUCUCGGACUAUAUUGGUACUCUGCCGUCGGGUGGUGGUGCGACUUCUUUCGCGCGCCCAAACGAACAUUCCAGUGAUGCGAGCGCAGGCCCAGGGACUCUUCCGGGGUUUCCUCCGGCACCCAUCAGAACCAGGAACUUGGGAGAUCAUGGCUCUGUAGCUAUGAGCCCGGUUACUGGGCAGUCUGGCUUGCGCCAGGAGAUUGAUGCGAACAGCCCCUGGCACCCUUCGUCACACAGCCAGAGCACCCGAAGCAACUCUCAUCCUGACGCAAUGAACUGGAGCGCAGACACCAGUAGGCCGCCACAGGGACUGUUCGAUACCUGGGCUGAGUCUGCAAGCAACACGGAAGCUUCUGAGGGCGGCUCGAAGCAUCAAGGCGCCGAACAGUUGUUAGCGCCGUUAGAAUUGCCUGACAUGAAGCUGGCCCCUGAAGAAUGGACAAACAUUACGGAGGACGGCUCGUUGGUACAGCAUCUGCUGGCCCUAUACUUCUGUUGGGAGUAUCCGACCUUUGCUUCUCUGAGUAAGGAGCAUUUUCUGAGGGAUUUCCAGAAUGGCGUCGAACGCUACUGCUCCCCAAUACUCGUGAACGCACUCUUGGCCCUCGGGUGCCGGUUUUCCAGCAAGCCGAGCACAAGAGCGAAUCCCAACGACCCGUACACGUCCGGCGAUCACUUCUUCAAAGAGGCGCAGAGCCUAUUUUACAAGGAGAAAAACCAUCACAAUCUCACCACCAUCCAAGCUCUGGGAAUAAUGUCUAUUCGAGAAGCCAGCUGUGGCAGAGACUCGGAAAGCUGGUACUAUGCUGGACAAAGCAUUCGUCUGGCUAUCGAGAUGGGACUCCAUCAGCUCGAGGAAGACGGAGAUGAUGAUGAGUUUGCGGUUCAGGCUGCAACUUUCUGGGGCGCAUUCGCUCUCGACCAUGCAUGGUCUUUAGCGACCGGCUCGCUUCCGCAAUGUUCCUGCUUUCCUCGUCUGCCGCCAAAGCCUGCCAUAAUAGAUGACAUAGAAGCCUCUCUUUGGAUCCCCUACACUGACGAUGGUAAGUCUUUAAUAAACCUAGGCGAGGCUUCUGGCUCCCCAAGCGCUAGAGGCUCAGGUUUAUCGAUAGGCGCACCAUUGCAGCGGUCCGCCGAGCAGCCAUCCAACGUUCGAUCCGUGUAUAAGUGCUUUUGUGAACUGAGCGAGCUCGUGCACCAAAGCCUUUACGUUUUGCACUCCCCGGGGCGGCCGCUGACUAGCCGUGAUCUCCUCGGCAUUUAUACUCAGUACCUCAACUGGUAUGACAAGAUACCAGAGGUUCUGAGACUGGGGCACAAUUUCACGCCGGCAGUCCUUUUCGCGCACAUGUACUACCACUUUGCGAUCCUGCUUCUGUUUCGGCCCCUAAUUAAGCUGAAGAUCAUUGGGUCUAAGCUGCUACCUCGAGACGUAUGUGGGCAGGCGGCAGAUGCUAUCCAAGGCCUCUUGCGAUCCUAUUCGCAGCUGUACACAUUACGCCGGACACCAUCGUUUGUUCCGUACUUUGUGCUCACAUCGGCCAUUAUGCAUUUAGCCAUCGGUGCCACAACUUCCUCGUCAUUAUCGUUGCAGAAGGCUUUCGAAGGACCAGGUCCGGACAACACCGACCCCGACGAUCCACCCUCGUAUCCGCCUCGCGUUGUGGAAGCUAUUCAGCAAGGGAUCCGGGAUCUAGAGGAGAUGGCGCCGUGCCAUCAUUUUGCCGAACAGGCGCUGAACAUACUACGGUACCUUGCGAAGAAGUGGAAGAUGGACGUCGACAUGGGCGGCGAGGUAGCCUCGGAUGCCGAGUAUGCACAUCUCGUCAGGCCGUACACAAGCAGUCUCAACUUCUUUGCACCAAACGUCAUUGAAGAUGACUUCAUUUGCGCUUGGGGAGGCGGCGCCGAUGCCGCUGAUGUACCGAACCCGGCGGUAGCAAUGGGCCUGAAACCCACGGAACCAGGACAAGCAUCGGUUGAACGGGCGGCCAAGGUGCUGGAGAAUCCUCUCUUCUGGCCCUUCCCGAUGCAGGGGCGGCCGAUGCUCCCUACCGGUGUCGAGCUAGCAGAUGCUGGGUUUGAGAGAAUCUGAUCCGAUCGGAUUGAAGACUCGAGCAAUGCUGCACCAAGACAAGAGGUAGUCAUAUCGAACCCAUUCAGCUAUAACAUGGACCUCUAUGUAUGAGUGGACUUGAGAUCAAAGGCGGGGCCUCGUUCUGCCCGCACAGGAGUUUGGCCUCGGGCAAGGCAUUUUGUUUUUGUGAUACCCUACCAUUUCCAUUCGAG